AUGUCCAAUUCCACGCUCACAGUAGCAUCUGUGGUUGCCGACAAGCAACAAGAGACGGCAAAGACUGUGUAUGAUGAAACGGAUCCAUUCAAGAUCAUAGACGAUGAAGGUGGCUAUGUGGAACAGCAAGAUUUAUUUGAUCAACCACCGACCACAAAAUGGGAACUAUGGAGCUACUAUUUGUAUUACAAUGGGGACAAUGGAUACACAAUCUAUAGCUUCAUGCCACUCAUUUUACAAUCACUCGCUUACCAUGGCGGAUUUUACCUCGAAACACCAAACGUCAAAGGAUGCGAUAUUCAGAAUGCAUUGCGGCCAUGUUAUGUAGCCUGGAUGGGCUCAUCAAUACCCGUAUCCUCUAUGCUGCUCUAUGUGCAAGCCAUUGCAUUCUCGAUUCAGUUUUUGCUGUUUACAACAUUUGGCAGUUUGGCAGAUUACGGUCAAUGGAACCGAUACAUACUACUGGGAUCCACCGUCGUUGGAUGCACGUUUCAAGCACUGCCGAUUGUGCUGGUCAAUGACGAUGGAUCUCACUGGAAUGUCAUGAUGGGUAUCAUGAAUAUUGCAUUGAUUUCAUAUGGUACCUCGCUCGUAUUUUAUGCCGCUGCUUUUCCCAAUGUCAGCGACAAUUUACCUGUUGUACGACAUGCGAAAUCGAACCCAAACAUCACGGAAUCCGAACGCCAACAGGUACAAGAAAGGUGGAGAAACCAGGUGUCUGCUGUAUCGACCACAUUUUCCAACGUUGGGUUUCUUAUCACCUCGGGCGUGCUCUCUGCUGUAUCGUUCGUGAAUUGGGAAGGCAAGUACGCAUUUCCAAACGGUGUUAGCCAUACAUUAGGUAAUGCGCCCGUCUAUAAUUACAUUGCAACAGUGGUGUGCGCUUGUUUCUGGGCGGUGAAUGCGACACCUUAUUUCUUGAUCACGCCACGAGGUAGAAAAGGACCUCCAUUACCAGCCGACGCCAACUACUUUACAUUUGGCUGGAAAUCCAUUGUCCUGGCACUCAAGGAAGCUCGAAAACUUCGCUACUUGUUCAUGUACAUUUUCGCGUAUUUCAUGUUCUCUGAUGCUGUAUCCACCAUUAACCAAAUGUCGAGCAUCAUCCAAGGCGAACUCACUGCGUUUUCAGCACAGCAGAAUGCUAUAUUUAGCUUUGUAACAGCCGUUACCUCCAUCCUCGGCUGUCUGUUCUUUUUAUGGUUGAGCAAGACAUUUCAUAUACGGACCAAAACGAGUUUGCUCAUGAUUGUGGUUCUCACAGGCGUCAUUCCUGUUUGGGGCUGUUUUGGCAUUGGAUUUGACAAUUUUGGCAUCAAGACACAUUGGGAAUUGUGGGUGCUGAAUGUGUGGUCAGGUCUAUUUACGGCGCCCAUUUGGGCUUGGCAGCAAACCAUGCUGGCAGAACUAGUGCCAAAAGGAAAAGAAAACUUAUUCUUUGGAUUGUUUGGUGUUGUCAAUAAGGCGUCGUCUUGGAUCGGUCCAGUGGUUAUUGGAGCCAUUACGCAAUCCACGUCCAACAUUUGGAAGGGCUGGCCCUUUGUGCUGGGAUUGUUUAUAUUAGCAACCAUCAUCAUUUGCUUUAUUGAUGUAGAUAAAGCUAAAUUAGAAUUAAGCGAAUAUGAAAAAACAGAAUAA